CUUUGUUCUUGUCUUUUAUCUUAGCUACUAAUUAUAUUGCCACACUUUAGAUUAUCAACAAAGACAUAGAGAGAGAGAGAGAGAGGUAUCAUGGCUAGUUGCAACAUGGCAUCUGCAGCUUCAGGGUUUGUGUUGUCACCUAAUAAUGUUUCAGGCAACACAAACACAAAUUUAUUAGUAUCUAGAAUGAACAUGGUGAUGUACCCUACUACAAGGAACACCAAUUCUAGACUUGUUGUUAGGGCAUCUGAGGAGGCUGCUGCAACACCAACUGUUGAAGGUGAGGCAGCUCCAAAAACCAAGCCCCCACCAAUUGGUCCCAAAAGAGGUGCUAAGGUUAAGGUUCUUAGAAAAGAAUCCUACUGGUUCAAUGGUAUUGGUUCAGUUGUUGCUGUUGAUCAGGACCCUAAUACUAGGUACCCAGUUGUGGUAAGAUUCAACAAAGUUAACUAUGCAAAUGUAUCAACAAACAACUAUGCUUUGGAUGAGAUUGAGGAAGUCAAAUGAGUCAUCAUCAUCUAUCUACUUUAAUUUGUAAUUCAAGUUGCUAGCUUAAGGAUUUUCAUGUCAUAAAGAAGAAUGAAUGUGUAUAUCAUAUUUUGUGUGAUGUCUGCCAUUCUACCUCUUAAUGACACAUUAUAUACAUGUGCAGUAGUUCCUCAUAAACAGAUAGUUUAUAAUUUAAAUGAAUAAUUAAGCACGUUACUGCUAUCGAUUUAAUGGCAGUAACUUGCUUAUUGCGGUUUUUUUCUGAAGAAUAUGUUUGAUACUCAUCAUAAACCAACAAAUUCAAGGUA